GCUGGGCGGGCUGAUGACGCUCUCCGUGAUGCGGCGGCGCGCAGACCGCGCGCGCAGGCAGCUCUCCAGCAUCGCCUCCUCCGCCUCCCAGGACGCCGACGCCGCCGAGGAGCCCGCCCCCGCCGCCCCCGCCCCCGCCGCCGCCGCCGCCACGGCCGCCGGCCUGCGCCCGGACGAAGCGGUGUACGUGACGCCCACGAUGGCUUCGCCGUCCAGCGUGACUGCCACGGUGACCAGCGUGUCCAACCGCACCACCACCACCCCCGCCGCGCUCGCCUCCACCGGCGCCGCCGCCCCCGCCGCCUCGGCCUCCCACAAGCAGCCGAUGGCGCCCGUCGAGGAACCCACAGUCACCACCGCCGCAGCGACACAGGUACACCUGGCGUCGGCCUCGCUGCUGGCAGAGCCAAUCAGCGUGUCUGCUGCCCCCGCCGCCUCCGCCGCCCCCGUAGCACCGGCCACGCCCAGCACGCCCGACACGUCUAGCGCGCUGGUGGCCUCCACCACGACGCCCUCCCUGCAGCUGGCUGACCCCGCAGCCGAACCGCAGGCCCAGGAGCAGCCGCAGCCGCACAAGAGCGACAUGCCCGCCGCCAGCCUCUCCGUGGCCUCCGGCAAGGCGGCUGCCUCCACCGCCAAGCCGGCGGCGGCAGCGACGACGGCGGAAGCCCCUGGCAAGGCCUCCGGGAACCCGACAUCUUCCUCCGGUGGCGGCAACGCCGGCGAUGCAGACAUCCAGGGCGGCCAGGGCCCGCGCGUCGACAGCGCCUCGCUGGUCAAGAAGCUGCUGGCGUCGAAAGCGGCCGCCGAAGGCAAAGCCCCGGCUGCAGGGGGCGGCGCGAGUGGGGCCGGCGCCAAGACUGAGGCUGCGGGGGCGGCGGCUGCGGCUGCGGCCAAGGCAGCCACGGGCGCCGUCAAGACCAGCCACAUGGGCGUGCCCGCGGCGCGCAAAGCGGGAUCGGAGAAGCAAGGCUCGGUGAAACAAGAGGGCAGCAAGAGCAAGAGCAACAGCAACAGCAACAGCGACAUCAAGUCGGCGAGCAGCAGCAACGGUGCCAUCACCACUAGCGAACGUCUGGUGCAGGAAGGGCCCGAUGCAGAGACACUCAGCGCCAACAAGCUCAUGACCGCAAAAGGGCCGGCGGCUGGCCAGCCGGCGUCUGUGAUCGGCGGCCCCCAGAAGGCCAGCCUGCAGCCGCCAAGGACCACCACCGACGCCAACGGCGCCCCCGCCGGCGGACGACUGCGGCGCUUCUUCUGCGCGCCCUGGGACAAGGUCGCCUGCUGCGCCGGCAGGAAAAAAGAGGGUCGCGCCGCUGGGAGGCCGGCGGCUGGCGGGGUCGACGGCGGGUGCCGCGGUCGGUGCCGGCGCUGCUGCCGCUCGCUGCUGUGCCUGGACGUGGUCUGCUGCCAGCCCGGCUCGCGCUGCCGCUGCUGCUGCUGCGCCCCCAAGCAGCCGCAGCGCGGCCGCCUCGAGCACCGCAAGAGCACCUCGCAGCUCUCCAAGAAGACCAGCAGCGUCGGCGACGCACACGAGCUGGACACGGGGCCCAAGAUCGACCCGUCGCUGGUGGAGCACACGUCACUGAUGCGCGCAGCCAUCCCCAUCCUGCCCGUGCCACUCGCCUGGUUCUGCCUCGUCUGCAACGUCAUCAUACCUGGUCUGGGCACGAUGAGCAGCGGGCUGUUCUGCCUGUGCUUCGGCAAGCCGCGCUUCUCGGUGCGCGACGACCCGCAGGCGCGCGUCGGCGCGUGCUGCGUGGACCUGGUGAUCGCCGUGGGCCAGCUCUUCACCGUCGUCUUCUGCCUCGUCGGCUGGGGCUGGAGCAUCUGGUGGGGGCUCAUCAUACUGCGCCUCGCACGAAAGAACCGGCGGUUAGAGGCUCAGGCGGUGCAUGAGGAGCAAGGAGCAGCGAACGUGGCGCCAGCUGCUGCUGCGGCGGCGACGGCCGCUCGUCAGAACCACGACGUGGAGCGCGCUCGGCGCUAGCCACCCGAUUCUGCCUCACGUCACUUCGCAAACACUCAGACAUUAUUUUUGUACUACAGAAUUACUAUAAAAGUAGCAACACGCACAACGACAAAUUUUGUAACCACACAAAUUCAUUUGAAAAUAUGUGUACGCAAUUGCUCUAAUAAACAUUUUGAAUAAUUGUGUCGUCAAAUAAAUUAA